UGCUCUGCCUCUGCGCGGCCGCGGCCGCCGCCGCCUCCUCCUUCACCAGCCGCGGCGACUACCGCCUGGCCGGCCUCUUCCAGAUGCACAACUCGGCGCCGCGGGCCGCUGCCCGGCCGCUGGUGGACGGCUGCGACACCACCGCUGCCUUCAAGAGCCACGGCUACUGCCUGUCCCAGGCCAUGCGCUUCGCCGUGGAGGAGAUAAACAAUUCCAGCACCCUCCUCCCCAACGUCACCUUGGGCUACGACAUCCACGACACCUGCUCGGAGCCCGCCAGCCUCCACGCCACGCUGCGCGCCCUCGCCCGGAAAGGCGGGCGGGAGGUCGAGGUGCUCCCCACCUUCCGCCACUACGAGCCCGAGGUGGUGGCCAUCAUCGGGCCUGACAGCACCCGCCUGGCUGUCACCACAGCGGCCAUCCUUGGCAUCUUCCUCGUACCGGAGAUUAGCUACGAAGCCUCCUUGGCGACGCUGAGCCUGAAGCGGUUCUACCCCUCGUUCCUGCGCACCAUUCCCAGUGACAGGCAGCAAGUGAAGGCCAUCUUCCUGCUGCUGCAGCAGUUUGGGUGGACUUGGGUCGCGCUGCUGGGCAGCGACAAUGCCUACGGUAGGGACGGCUUGCACGCCCUCCACAAGCUGUUGACCACAAGUGACGUGUGCGUUGCCUACCAAGGCAUCAUCCCCGUCAACAAGGACGCCAGCAGCCCGGAGCUCCAUAACCUGGUCAGAAUUCUCACGGACACCAGGGUCAACGUCACCGUCGUCUUCGCCAACAGACAAAGCGCCCGCCCUUUCUUUGAAGUGGUGGUCCAGAGGAACGUCACGGGCAUGGUAUGGGUAGGCUCUGAAGACUGGUCAUUAGCCCAAACAAUCUGGCAGGUGCCUGGCAUCCAGACUAUCGGCUCAGUGAUUGGGAUGUCGGUUGAGAACACGGAGUCCCCGAUGCUGGACCGCUUUGAAUCUUGGAAGAUGGCAGAGAAAAGCGCUGCAGCUGAGCAUGCUGGCAGCCCAGAGGCAGGCAGGGGAGAUGGAGGGAGUGCCCAGCUGUAUUGCACGCAGCGCUGCACCGGCUGCCACUUGCUCGCCACUGCCCCCAACACGUAUGAUGCUCAAGCCUCCUUCAGCGUGUACUCAGCCGUGUAUGCCGUGGCCCAUGGCCUCCAUGACCUGCUGGGCUGUGCCUCAGGGGCAUGCAGCAAAGGCAAAGUCUACCCCUGGCAGCUCUUACAAAAAAUCAAGCAAGUAAACUUCACCCUGUACAAAAGCCGCAUCUCUUUUGAUGCCAACGGGGACAUUUGUAAAGGCUACGAUAUCGUCACCUGGGACUGGAGCAGCCCGAGCUGGGCUUUCAACGUGAUAGGAACUUUCCGUGUGAACCCCGACAGGCUGAGCAUUGACCAGGGCAAAAUCCUGUGGCACACAAAGGAUCGCCAGGCUCCCACCUCGGUGUGCUCCGAGGCCUGUCAACCAGGGGAGAAGCGGCUGCAGCAGAGCCGCCACCGAUGCUGCUUCAGCUGUGUGGCCUGUCCAUCAGGAACUUUCCUGAACAGAUCAGGUCAGUACAUCCUGGGGGGCUGCUCCCUCCCUUUUCUUCCCGCUUGGACCCCCUGCCCACACCCUGCCUCCCCCUCACGUCAGCUGUUUGUUUCUGUCUCUCUGUUCCCCCAGCCUCUUCCCUCCUGCUCUCUCUUCCUCCCUGUGGUCAGUAAAAACCUCUGGUGCUCCGCCGCGGCAGACAUCUUACCGGGGUCCGUGGUGUGUGAGGUGCCUCUGUCACUGCCCGGGCUCCUGUCCUCUGCAGACCUCUACAGCUGCCAGUCCUGCAGGGUAGAGGAGUGGGCUCCGGCGAGGAGUGAAGCUUGCUUCAACCGCACCGCUGAGUUUCUGAACUGGUCCGAGCCCAUCUCCUGGGCACUGCUGAUCCCCACCAUCCUCCUCAUGCUGCUCAUGGCAGGGCUGGCCGUCCUCUUUGCCCUGAACGCCUCCACGCCAGUGGUCAAGUCUGCUGGUGGGAAGAUGUGCUUCCUCAUGCUGGGCUCUCUGGCCUGCGCUGGCAGCAGUCUCUUCUGCUACUUUGGGGAGCCCACCCGGCAGGCGUGCCUGCUGCAGCUCCCCCUCUUUGCCAUCAGCUUCACCGUCUUCCUCUUGUGUGUGGCGACACGCUCCUUCCAGAUCAUCUGCAUCUUCAAGCUGAACGCACGCUGGCCGGCCCUCUAUGAGGCCUGGCUGCGGCGCAGGGGGCCCGUGCUCUUCAUCGCCGCCGGCACGGCGACCCAGGCGGUGCUGUGCCUGGCCGCGGAGGCCACCAGCCCCUCGGUGCCACACUGGGAUUACGGCGUGGCGGCCGAGCGGGUGGUGCUGGAGUGCACCUCGAGCGCAGGGGCGAGCAGGGUGGCCGUCAUCGCCUACACCGUGCUGCUCAGCGUCUGCUGCUUCGUCCUCAGCUACGCGGGCAAGGACCUGCCCGCCAGCUACAACGAGGCCAAGUGCCUCACCUGCAGCCUGUUCCUGCACCUCGCCUGCGCCGCCGUCGUCCUCUGCACGCAGGGCGCUUUCCGCGGCCGGGAGGCGGUGGCGGUCCAGGUGCUCGGCACCCUCUGCACCCUCGGCGCCCUCCUGGGCGGCUAUUUUCUCCCGAAGGCCUUCGUCAUCCUGCUGCGGCCGCGCCUCAACACGCCGGAGCACUUCCAGAUGGCGAUCCAGAGCUACACGCGGCGCCUGGCCGAGGCCUGAGGCGGCGGGUGGACGGGGACGACCGGGACACGGCCG